UGCACACAUUUAAAUGUAUGCUUUCAGACUAAGUCACGAUUGGUUACUCUUUUAUAGCAACUAGGCUUCCCCCUCCACACUGGAACUGGUUUUUGUUUUAUGGCUUGAGAUCAGGAUAUAGUCAAAUUAGGAAAAGACAGUAAAAGCAGCAAAGAUCAGUUUGCAGUACUUUGGAAUAAUAACUGAAACAGACGACAGAUGAAAUUAUUGAUGCUGAGAUGAACAAACAAAGAAGAAAAACAGAAAACGAGAGGAGGGCUGGAGACAGAGGACAGUGGGCCAGUAAAACAGAAUAUAUUCUGGUCGUUGCAGGAAAUGUGGUCGGCCUGGGCAACGUGUGGAGAUUUCCUUACCUCUGCUACAAGAAUGGUGGAGGUGCCUUUCUGGUGCCAUAUGGCCUGUUAGCUGUGGUGUGUGGGAUACCUCUGUUCCUACUGGAGACCUCAGUUGGUCAGUACACCCAGGAAGGAUUCAUCACCUGUUGGAGGAAGUUGUGUCCACUGGCACAAGGAAUUGGAUACGGAAAUAUAAUAAUUAAACUAUAUGACUUCAGCUACAUUAUAAUCCAAGCCUGGGCUCUUUUCUACCUGGUGUUCUCAUUCAGUUCCCAGCUCCCCUGGGCCAGCUGUGAGAACACCUGGAAUACAGCUAACUGUAUGGGUCUUUUGGGUUCUCCCUCGACAAAUCUGACAAAUCAGACAAUGUUGACUAACACCACCUCUGCUGCUUCUGAAUUCUGGGAACGGCGGGUGCUGGGCAUGUCUGGAGGCAUUGAGGAGCUGGGCAGUGUGAGGUGGGAGCUGGCCUUGUGUCUUCUGGCUUGCUGGGUGUUCUGCUACUUCAGUAUCUGGAAAGGUGUCAAAUCUUCUGGAAAGGUAGCGUACUUCACUGCCACUUUCCCCUAUGUGAUGCUCCUAAUACUGCUCAUCAGGGGUUUGACUCUACCUGGAGCUUGGGAAGGGAUCCACUUCUACCUGUAUCCAAACUUGAACCGCCUGGCUAACCUUGAGGUCUGGAUAGAGGCAGGAUCUCAAAUAUGCUUCUCCUACAGCCUGACUUUAGGAAAUCUGAAUGUUUUGGGCAGCUAUAAUGAGUACAAUAACAACUGUUAUAAGGAUUGCUUUUGGCUCUGUCUGCUGAACAGUGGAACCAGUUUUGUUGCUGGAUUUGUCGUCUUCUCUGUACUUGGAUUCAUGGCUCAGAAACAGGGUGUUAAUGUUGAUAAUGUGGUUGAGUCAGGUCCAGGUUUGGCCUUCAUUGCUUACCCUCAGGCAACAGCUAUGAUGCCUUUGCCACAGUUCUGGACUGUCUGCUUCUUCCUGAUGCUCCUUUUCCUCAGUGUUGAUACCCAUUUUGUGACAGUCGAGUGUUUUAUCACCUCAAUAAGCGACUUGUUUCCGAAGCUGUUUCGUAAACCUGGAAGACAUGAGAUACUCGUCCUUUUCAUCUGUUCAUCCUUCUUCCUCAUACAUCUGAUGUUGGUCACUGAGGGAGGGAUUUACAUAUUUCAGCUUAUUGAUUAUUAUGGCACUACCAGAGCUUGUCAUUAUUUCAUGGCUUUAACUGAGUGUCUGGCUUUGGCCUGGAGUUUUGGCGCUGACCGUGUUAUUAACAUCACUGAGGGCAUGACAGGACAGAGACCUUCUGUUUUCUUCAAACUGUGCUGGAAAUACGUCAUUCCUCUGCUGUCACUGAUUUCCUUUAUCCUGUACCUGGUUGAUUACAAACACCUCAAGAUUAACGACUGGUACAUUUACCCUGACUGGGCGUACGCACUAGGAUGGACCAUGACCCUCUCCUCUGUUCUCAUGGUGCCACUGUGGGCAGCUGGACAGAUGUGUUUGACAGCAGGAACCUUCAGACAGCGUUUGUCCGUCCUUUGUCAGCCUACUGAAGAUCCAGCCUGGCAGAGGACAAAAAUGGGAGAGGAGGGAACGACUGUUGAACUGCCGACGUCUGCAGUGACAACUUAGUGUGACCUGCAAAGUUACAUUAACUAGACACUUUAAUCUAUCAUCAGCGUUUGUCUGUCCUUUGUCGUCCUGCUGAAGAUCCAGCCUGGCAGAGGAAUAAAAUGGGAGAGGAUAGAACGGCUGUUGAACUGACGUCUGCAGUGAUAACUUAGUGUGACCUGCAAAGUCAAAUUAACUAGACAUUUCGGCUAUCAUACUGUAAAUAAGCUUAUUGUAAUCAGUGUAGCUAGGAGAUUUAAAUGGCAAAGCUCAAAAUAGUGCUGAAACAACCAAAAUUAAACGUAAACAACAUUCAUUUUGAUAAUAGAUCAUUUUAGCCAUUUAUCAAGCAAAAAUGCCAAAUGUGACAAUUCAUUUGUGGCUAUUCUGUUUUAUUUUAAUGGUCCAGUGUGUAGGAUUUAUUGGCAUCUAGCGGUGAAAUUGCAUUUUGCAACCAUUUGAAAACUGCUUGCAUCACCCUCCCCUUCUGAGCAUGUAGGAGAAACUAUGGUGGCCGUGAACCUCGCAAAAACAGCGAAAAAGGCGUCCUAUUUAGAGCAAGUGUUUGGUUUGUCUGUUCUGGGCUACUGUAGGAACAUGGCAGUGCAACAUGGCGACCUCCGUGAAAGGGGACCCGCUCCCUGUGUAAAUAUAAAUGGCUUAUUCUAAGGUAAUGAAAA